AUGCAAGCAGUACAAGAAUUUGAGUUAAUUAUGCACUCAGAACAUGGUGAUGAGCAAGGGAAACAUGAUGAACCGGAAAGAUAUUUGCCAGGAUAACAUGAUGCGCAAGUAGUGGUAGUAGUUUGACAGUUCUUGCAAGAAGCAUCACAAACUGAGCAAGUAGAUCCAUUAGAUAAAUAGUGAUCCACACAAGUUUAGCAUAAAGUGUUAGAAGUACAAGUAGCACAUUAAGUAGGGCAUGAGUUACAAUUUGAACCUGAUUUAAAAAACUUAGGAUAGCAAGAUGAGCAAGUUUUUUAGAGUAUCACAUUUAAACCACAAGUUAAGCAUCCAUUUGGACAUGAAUCACAUUGUCCUAAGACUUUAUAAUAACCUGGCUAACAUGUGUCACAAGAAUAAUUAUUUGAACAGGUUAAGCAAUGAGCUACACAAUUCACACAUGAACCAUUAUCACUAAAUUAUCCUGGAUCACAACUCCAUGUUACUAAAGUAUAAUAUGGUAUCCUUACAUAAACAGUUCAGUAGAAUUAGGUUGAUUCUAAAUAAGUAGUUGGACAUUACAAUAAUAAAUAAUAUAUUAAUUGAUAAUGCAAAUAGGGUUUUAUAGGUAUGA